AACUGAGCACUCGGUAAUUGGACACUAGGAUCAAGGAAUCCCGUCUUUUUGAACAUUUUCCCUGCUAUUUGCCAGGUCACACAGUAACCGGUGGUAGCGUUUGUUAUUCUCGUUUCGACCGGGUAACUUCGCUUGCAGCCUGGCUCAUCCGCCGAUGAGGUUUUUUAUUUUAUGUUUGCGCGUAUGAGGGUAUAUAGGGAGGUUGGAAUAAACAAGAAGAGAAAUGCAGGGAUUCGUGCGGUUACAGUUGCACCGCUGAGCCGCUCCUGAGCUACGUCGCUUUCCCCCGGCUUUUGCUUUUCUUUUCACGGGACCAUGGAGUGAUAAAAGCCCGGAAUAGGACAAAUUCUCUCCGAGGCAUUUGGAUCGGAGCGCGGCGGCCACACCGACGGGUUUCACGCUCCCCGGUCAAUGUGUUACCGACUUUAACGUCCAAACCGGGGGUUACCUUUCUGUCUGGGAGAGCCGCGGUGAUCCGGGUGCCGUUGUUCAUCCGGGGGGAGAGAGUUUGUAGACGGCUGUCGGACAGUUUUCCAUUUGAAUAGCCUCACACAGCCCGUCUGAAUGAGGUGGAGGAGAAGCGCAGAGAGAGAGAGAGGCGCAUAUCUGAUUGUUUCCAAGAGGGUCCAGGCAGCAGUACUCAUCUUUGUCGGUGCACCCGAGCCGCUGUAGGUGCUUUGCAAUGGUAAAACUCUACAGAAGAGGGAGAGACGGACAAGACUUGUAAAAUCGCCCACAUGCUCUGGAUCAAUCGCUGGAUUUGGGAACGGAAUACGCUGAAGGGGGGUUGGGGAUCCUUGGAGGCUGCCGGAGGAUGGAGCGGUGCAGCCGGGGCUGGUGAGAGCCAAACUUUGGGCCACUUUACAUUUCCUUUUCCUAACCAACUCGCCCCUGUUCCCAGGACACAUGCAGGCCAAAAAACGCUACCUGAUCCUGCUCUCCGCCGGUGCAUGUCUAGUGCUUCUCUUCUGCCUCGGAGGGGUCCAACUUCCAGCCGCGAGCAGGAGCCGGCAUGACCGCAGCGGCAAUGGGUACCGGCCCGACCAGCCCUGGCCUCACUUCUCGGACCCCUUACAACCUUUCCUGCCCUGGGAUCAGACGGACACCGAGGAGUACAACCUGCACAUAUCCCCGAGGCAGAAGAGGGACGUUAACACGGGUGUUUACAAAAGCAAGCGGUGCCGCAUGGAUUCGUGUUUUGAUUUUUCUCUGUGUAAAAAGAACGGAUUCAAAGUUUAUGUUUACCCCCUGCAGAAGGGGGAGAAGAUCUCGGAGAGUUACCAGAAUAUCUUAUCGAGCAUUGAAGGGUCCAGGUUUUACACCUCCGACCCCGGACAGGCGUGUCUGUUCGUCCUGAGUCUGGACACUCUGGACCGGGACCAGCUGUCCCCCCAGUACGUCCACAACCUGAAGACUAAGGUGCAGAACCUGCCGCUGUGGAACGACGGCAGGAACCACCUCAUAUUUAACUUGUACUCGGGGACGUGGCCGGACUACACGGAGGACCUGGGCUUUGACAUCGGCCAGGCCAUGUUGGCCAAGGCCAGCAUCAGCACCGAGAACUUCAGGCCCAACUUCGACGUGUCCAUCCCCCUCUUUUCCAAGGAGCACCCGCGGACCGGCGGGGAGAGGGGCUACCUGAAGUACAACUCCAUCCCGCCUUUUAGGAAAUACAUGCUGGUGUUCAAGGGGAAGCGGUACCUGACCGGCAUCGGCUCGGACACCAGGAAUGCCUUAUACCACGUCCACAACGCCGAGGAUGUGGUGCUGCUCACCACCUGCAAACACGGCAAAGACUGGCAGAAGCACAAAGACGCACGCUGUGACAAGGACAACACCGAGUAUGACAAGUACGACUACAGGGAGAUGCUCCACAAUUCCACUUUCUGUCUGGUGCCCCGUGGCAGACGACUGGGCUCCUUUCGCUUCCUGGAGGCUCUGCAAGCCGCCUGUGUGCCAGUGAUGCUGAGUAACGGCUGGGAGCUGCCUUUCUCCGAGAUCAUUGACUGGAACACAGCUGCAGUCAUUGGCGACGAGAGGCUCCUGCUGCAGAUCCCGUCGACGGUGCGCUCCAUCCACCAGGAUAAGAUCCUGUCCCUCAGACAGCAGACUCAGUUCCUGUGGGAGGCCUACUUCUCCUCCGUGGAAAAGAUAGUGCUGACCACUCUGGAGAUCAUCCAGGACCGCGUGCUGGGCCACGGCUCCAGGAGCAGCCUGAUGUGGAACAGCCACCCUGGGGGACUCUUCGCCCUGCCACAGUACUCUGGAUACCUGGGAGACUUCCCCUUCUACUAUGCCACACUGGGUAUGAAGCCGUACCCCAAGUUCACCGCAGUCAUCCACGCCGUCUCCCCCCUGGUGUCUCAGUCGCAGCCCAUACUCAAACUGCUGGUGGCCGUGGCCAAGUCGCAGUACUGUGCACAGAUCAUUGUCCUGUGGAACUGUGACAAGCCCCUGCCUGCCAAACACCGCUGGCCGGCCACCUCAGUCCCUGUCAUUGUCAUCGAGGGAGAAAAUAAGGUGAUGAGCAGCCGCUUUCUGCCCUAUGACACCAUUGUGACCGACGCUGUCCUCAGCCUGGAUGAAGACACAGUGCUUUCCACCACAGAGGUGGACUUUGCUUUCACCGUUUGGCAGAGUUUCCCGGAGCGUAUCGUUGGGUACCCGGCCCGCAGCCACUUCUGGGACAGCAACAAGGAGCGCUGGGGCUACACGUCCAAAUGGACCAACGAUUACUCCAUGGUGCUGACCGGGGCCGCCAUCUACCACAGGUAUUACCACUACCUGUACACCAACUUCUUGCCCAGUAGUCUGAAGAGCAUGGUGGACCAGCUGGCCAACUGUGAGGACAUCCUGAUGAACUUCCUGGUCUCUGCUGUCACCAAGCUCCCGCCCAUCAAGGUCACCCAGAAGAAACAGUACAAGGAGACCAUGAUGGGACAGUCUUCAAGAGCGUCUCGCUGGGCGGAUCCGGACCACUUUGCCCAGCGGCAGACCUGCAUGAACAAGUUCGCCAGCUGGUUUGGCGCCAUGCCACUGGUCCACUCCCAGAUGAGACUGGACCCCGUCCUGUUCAAGGACCAGGUCUCCAUCCUCCGCAAGAAAUACAGGGACAUUGAGAGGCUCUGACAGGACCGGCGCCCCCUGGGGGGAGACCCUGCGCAAGGGGAGGCGAGAGAGAGAGACUCGGUGGAAAGUAGAAAGAGUAGUAGGACUACAGCAGGAUGGAUAGGGGGCGCUACAGCUCUGUCUUCCACUCAGCACAUUGCCAAUGACCACAGCGCCGCCGCUGCCGGGACUUAACGCGGAGAGGGGUGAAAUGGAAACACGCAGGCGGCGUCUGGAUACUAAAAAAAACAAACAAACAGACAAGCAGACGGACAAAGAGUACACAAACUGGUGGACAUGCCAAACAGGACUGUAUGUUCGCAGCACGCACUACUGACGACGAGAACUCUUGGAUAGAAUAUUUUUUGUAUGAAUACCACAAAAAACGAACAAGGAUGACAUUGACUUUCCUGCUCUCUCGGCACACGUGCAGGACGGUAGACGAGGGAAGGUGUCCGUGAUCGCGACCUGGCAACUCUACCCACCACAAAGCCCCAUCCCUACCGGUCUGGCCCCACCCAUCCACACAUGCUCCUGAAACCCUUUAACCCACCCUAGCCCACCUCCCCAGUCUGCAUCAGGACUUGUUACUGGAACCCCCCCCAGCUCCCUGCUUCACACCCGGCCAAACCCUCCUCUGUCGUGGCUUUGAUUUCUCUAAAACUCAGCCCUCUGUUAUUCCUAAGGAUCCUCUCGUAAGAGGUUGGGAAUCAGAAUGAAACCAUUUUUAAUAUGUUUUAAGCUGGAAAAGGCAGACAGCAUUGUCCUCCUCAUGAUUAGAAAGGCCUGACCAGCUUUGCCUAGCAAAGCAACCCCUAUUUCCUGAUAGUCGCUCAGCCAUCAACACAUAUCCUUCAGCCAGUCUCAAAACAUCCUGUCUGUCUGUGGCUCGUUCGUUGAUGUGCUGAUAGGGAUUCUUAUAAUGGUCUAUCUGGUGCCCCUGUUAUCACGAAGAUAAGUUAGAAAAACAUAUCUCAUUUCACAUCCCAUUUUCCUCUCAUACUCUCCAGAGUGGUUGUACUUUUCUCAUCUUUUUUUCUACUUUCAUCAUCUUUUAUUUUCCCCUUCAAACUUUGUACUUUCACUCUUCUGUGUGUGCAUGUGUGUGUGUGUAUGCGUGUGUGCGUGCAUGCGUGCGUGCCUGUGUGGAGCCCUGAAAGUUGGCUCAUCCAACCAUAAGCUCAAACGGAGUACAUUUUCCCUCCGUUGGAAUGAGCGAAAUGAACAUUUCUGGAUGAAAUGGAGCAGAACGUUGCAUUCUAACCCAAACUUGUUUCGCCCAUUUGUUCCUGCUUGCAUGGCUUCGGAGCGCCAUCCUAGCAGGCAUAAAUGGAAUAAAAUUUCGACCGUAACAGGUCUUUAGUGGCCAGCGUCAUUUCACAGGAGUGCUUGUGGAGAGACUUGAACGCCGAGCCCAUCAGUGCCAUACUCUCCAUCAUUGACAUCAGGGUCUGCCUUUUAAAAUUGCUUAUUGCACAAUCAGUUUAGGAUGCCUGCAUGUCCUCUUGAAGAAAAAAUGUCCGGUUGAAAUAGCUCACCUCCAAAUCCAUGAUAAUGUCGUUGUUUUUUUUUUAUUAUUAUUGUUGUUGUUUUGUGACAUAUCACAAGGGAGCCAUUAAAUUGACACAAGAUUUUCUCCUCCAUUUAUCAGGCAGAGAUACAUUUUGGGUUCAAUUAGGCAAACCUAUUUCCCUUUGGCUGUUUUACUCCCGGGGGCCAAACAGCUGAUGAAACCCUCUAACAUCACGAGCCAUUUUGUUGUGAAAGCAGUGACCCGCGACUCUGACCUGCGAGCUAAUACUGGCCUUGGGAAGUCAGCUUUCUCCUGUUUCCCCCCCCCCCACCACCACCACCACCACCAUCCCCCACCCCAUAGCCGGCCGUGCUCCGUUCCCUGACAGUGGCCGUCCUCGUCCGUUGCGUUUCACGACUCUAAACGGCCUGACAUUUCACACCUUAAAUUACCUCGGCGGUAUUGGAAAAACAGAUCAAAAUGGAAAAAUAACUAGCUAUCUUGUCCCUCAAUUGAUCCAUGUGGAGCGAUGUGCCGUCUGAGAUAAUGGCUGGCUUAUUUCUGAACUGUAAUACACUGUCAUUAGGUCGGCGUGCUGUAUGCAGCUGAGAGCACAGACAGCCCACUCAGACUUUCAGUCCGCAGACACUUGAAUGAAAGCAGCGAGCUUUUAGUGGCCUUUCUGUUGGACAGGAGCUGAGAAAUUUCGUCUCAGCCAAAGCUGUUCGGUCCAUGUGUUAACCAGUAGCUGUCAUCGCCAUCGUCAUUACCAGUGCGGUCAUUUGUAUCUCACUGACAGACUGUUUACUUUUAAGAUUUCAUUGAUAUUUUUUUUUAAUUGUGUCAUAUCAAGGGUUUUAUGCAAGUGUCAAGCAGCUGGCGACAGUGACUUUCGAGCGUCACGUCGAAACGCUCACCCACGGCGCCGUUUACUCUCGGUUUAAGGAACCGCAUAUCAUGUGAAACCUGGCAGGUCUAUCAUGUGUGUGUGUGUUUGUGUGUGUGUUGUUGUUUUUUUUUUUUUUUCUCUCUCUCUCUCUCUCUCUCCUCGCUACAUGCUUUGAAUAUCGUGUUUUGUAUUUGCUUUCUGGUAAUGUGGUCGCUCGCGGGACUUUAAGUUUCGAGUGUGAUUCGCUUGCCAGGAGAGAUUUAGACGGUGUUUGAUGUGGAGUCGCUCACAGCCGUGUUUCUCUCGGCGGAAAGUGUUCAUCUAAACGAUUGUAGGGGGGGUGGGGGUGGGGGUGGGGGGGGAGAGAAAAAAAAUGCCUCCUCACUCGGUCUGCAUCUGGUCCCCAUUUCAUGUUCAGACACCCAUAUUGUUUGAAUCCAUAGCAAGCCUUUUUAUAUCGCUGAUUGUUUGAAUUGCUGUUGAUCAUCUCAAGAGAGACCACCCCCCCUCCCUACCCCCCACCUCGGCUUUGCAACCAUUUCACGAAAACGCAAGACAUUUCAAAGCCCCGUGACUCUCAGCACUGUACAUGAACAUAUAUUUAUUUCCACAGACCCAGACUGUGUACAAUUUGAGAUGUUGUGGCGAAAAGGCAGGAGUGAUACUGCAUCACUGUUGGGAGUUUAUGGUAUUUAUUGAGCUAAUUUUCUACAAGCUGUGCACAUUAAUCUACACAGAUGCCAAUAACACCGCUCAGAUUAUUUUUCACCCUGCAUUGUUUUUUUUUGCUUUGUUUUUAUUAUCAUGAAAACAUCCAUCUUGCUGUCACAUCCUCCUCAAAUGAAAAUCCCCCAAGAGACAUAGAACGUUUUUCAGAGUUCAACUCUUGAUUCGCCGCAAAGAAAAGAUGACAUAGACCAGUGAUCUGGGAUUGGAUUGGGCCAGGCCAUCUUGGCUCUCUACAGGAAUCAAAUUGCAUAGCCGCGAUGACGACGAUGCCAAAUGAAACAUGGAAAAUAAUAAGCAGCUGGGUCCCUUGAACCAGAUGGAAACAUUUUCUGAUUCUGCUGUAACAUCCUCCCCCUGCGCAUACAGUAAUGCAUCGGAGACUGCGACACAGUUGUGUUUAAAUUACCUCCUUCUCAGCUUGGUUUCACAUCCAACGACUUUUAGCAUCAGAAGCUGCUCCAUCUUUCAUUCGGUGUGCUGUUUAUAAUUAAGUCUCUCAGAGCGGGAUGGAUGUGAUCUGAGACGCCCCUGUUAUUUUGGAUAUCGCAUCAAGAGAAAUUUAUCCGUGUUCUCAUUGUAUUUUCCUCGCAGAUGGAAAACAAAAAAAAAAAAAAAACAGGUUUACCCA